AUGCUCGCCUACUCCGCCUACAAAGGCUACAAAAACCACAAAGACAAGAAAUCCUCCGAGCGGCUCGCCGCCGCGGCCGCGGACGAGUCCCAGGGAGUCAGCCCUCCCCCUCAGCAGCAGCAGUACCUUGCACCGCCCCAAGAACAACAACAACAACAACAACAACAUCAUCAUCAACAACAACACUAUGCGCCCUCUCAGCAGCAGCAGCAGCAGCAGCAGUAUAGCGCUCCAAUCUAUGCGCCUCGUGCUCCGUCACCGAGUGAAGGGAAGCUUUCCAAUGCGCAGCCGAGUCUGGAAGCCCGAUGGCAGAACCUGGAGGCAAGGGUGAGCGCGUUGGAGGCUCGGGAGGCGGCGCGGUCGUGA